UGGGCAAGAGAGCGAGACUCUUAAAAAAAAAAAAAAAAGCUCUUUACCUGGUGAAAUACACUGAAGCAUGGGAAAGCUUUCAUACAACCAGAACACAUACAUUUAAAAUGACAACUGAACGAAAUCCCUUUAUAAAUGUUUAAAUGGCUCACCAGGUAGCCAAAUGUACAUGAAGCUUUGUCUUCCCAGGAAUACGGGUUUGACAAACUAAACAUUGGUUAUAAACUAUUUUAACCAUUUAUAAGUCACCACACCAAUGCAUUUAAUUUGGAUCAUUUUAUCUUUUCCAGGAUGAGUCAUGGAAUGCAUAACUUCUAAUAACAAAAGCUUUAAGGACUCAGGAAGGACAAGGUGGCCGUUCUGGUUCUCCAUGAGUCCAUGACUAACAUCAGACUUAUGUGCUCUUGGGUGCCAGCUGUUUCUCCAAAUUGGGUGCAUACCGUGGAUAACUGAUGGGUUACCACAGGGGAUGGAAAUCUCAACAAAAAAAGAGGCGCAGAAGGGCGUGGCCAGGCGGGAGGACAUGGCCAGGCCCCCAAGCGACGCGAGGGCACCUGCCAGAAAGAGACCCGCAGGCCCAGCCGUUGAGACGCGGGGGAGGAGCGCAGGGCGGCCCACGACACGCCGGGGAGGAGCGCAGGGCGGCCCACGAGACGCGGGAGAGGAGCGCAGGGAAGCCCUACGGACUCGGCGGCCAUUGCCCCGCCUGCGUCUGCACCUGCGCCGGCGCCUCCUCCGCACCGCGCUUGCGCCGAGUCCGGCCGCCUCCACAUUGCGCCGGCGGGGGGCUUCCUCCACACCGCGCCUGCGCCGAUGACAACCCGCCUCUGCAGCACGCCUGCGCAACGCCCCAGUCACCUCAUCUGCUCCGUGCACAUGGGAGUCUCUCUCUGGUCGACCACGUGUUCCUGUCGGCUCCCAGAGGCCGCCUCGAGGUCCUCCCCCAACGGCUUCCUCACACGCUCCGCUGUUCCCGGCGCUUCACUCCGCGCGUGCGCAGGAGUCGCUCGCUCCUCUCUGCGCCUGCGCAGAGGCCCCCUCCUCCCCCGCCCGUCCGCUGCCUUGACGCCGUCUUGGGCCUGGCGUCUACCCCUUCUGUUUACGCAUGCGCAGGACCCUACGCAUGCGCAGGACCCGCCCUGCGCGGGUGCGGGGCUGAGCACCCGUGGCCUUAGGUUUAAAGGCGCGCGAACCACCCACGCAGGGACAAGGGCUCUUAGUCGUUUUAUGUUUAGCGUAAGGUUUUCCUCUUUAGCAAGUAAAAAAAAAGAGCAAGUUGUGCAAUAAAUAGUAACCGUCCUUAUA